ACGGUCCGAACUCCAGAGUAGUGGGGAUCGGCGAGCUUCGUCCCGCUGGUUCGGGGCCCGUGGACUCGAGCUCUUCCGUUGGGAGCGUAUGGAGCGUUUGAUUUCCAAGUUGUGGUUUUGAACUCGUCGCAGUGCUGGACUGUGGUCGUCGCAGUCGUCGCAGUCGUGGUUGCAGUGAAGUCGUGGUUCGCGCCAUGUUCUGUAAUGUUCCGAUUUAUUCUGUGUCAAUUUCCUGCAGCCUCAAAUUCUGAAGGUGUUGACAUUUCUUCGAACUGGUACGAUCGUACCUGCGCCUGCAUUUCCCGCUGGAGUGACUGAGUCAUUGCAGGUCAGUUUCAUGCAGACAGAUUGGGUUGAUUUUUCCGUGAAGAAGAUCGAUCGGUGUGCCUGCUGCGGUGGCUGGACUUGUCUCCUUCUUCGUUGUGGAUUCUCGUGCUGCGUCAGCUCGAGCUUAAUGUCAUAGCGGCUCCUCUUCUUCCGAUUUGAACGCUCUCUGAGGUCCAUUAUUUUAUGGCGCUGCUGUUCUGAUUUUUCGAAGCAUUUUCAGCAGACCAAGAGGAGCUUGGUGCUUCGGUUCAUCGUCAGGCGAAGUAAAAUUCGAACAUGUGGACGGGAUGUAGAUGAAUUACAUCGAAUUCAGCUCGAUAUUCGAAUUAUGGUUGUUGAGAAAGUGCGGAGGAAAGCCUUGUUGAUAGCUGAAGCUCAUAUGAGAAUGAAAGAACGUACAUGAGAGUACGAAAGCAGGCACAAUGCUUUCACAAAAUUCUGAGUCACUCACCCCUUCUCCUUCCCCUUCUCCUUCUGCCUCAGCGUCCGUUUCUGUGAGUAAUUCCAGCCAGAAAAGAAAGCGUACUGACGAGCUCACGGCGUCCUCUGGAAUUCCAUCUUACGCUCACCAGUUCAAUAAGCCUUAUUCUUCAUCGCUUGGGACGACCAAUCAUGAACAAGCGGACCUACACAUGAAUUCCCAACACGAUGAGCACGAUCCGGGGCUCUUGAAAAGUAGCCAGAAUCACUCUCAGUUUGAAAGUAUGAACGGCAGCAGCUUCGAUGAGGAUGAUGACGAUCAAGAAGAGGAUGGAGAUGACGAUGAUGAUGAAGCAGAGGAUGCUGCGACGCAUUCCUCUAAACCAAGGGUAGAGCCACAAUCCACUAGGCCGGUGCCGCUCACGCAGCUGGCUAAUGUUAAGGCUGAGCCCACAACGGAAGGAUCAAGAGAAGCCGGUUAUACAACUUCUGGUCCUACUGUAUCCAAUCCUCCGGCACCAAUCACCUCUGUUCCAGGCGAGCUGGGCAAAUCUAGCCCUCUGCCGGACUCCAUCCAGACCAUCGGAGCGUACUGCAGUCGUGAAGCGGAUCUCAAAAGAGAAGAAGAUGCUGGUAAGAUCAAAUUUGUUUGUCACUUUAACGAUGGUGACGAAGAGCACAUGAAAUGGCUCAUAGGCUUGAAGAAUAUUUUUUCACGACAACUGCCGAACAUGCCCAAAGAGUACAUCGUUCGAUUAGUGAUGGACCAGAAUCACAAGUCUAUGAUGAUAAUCAGCCACAAGAAUAACAAUGUUGUUGGUGGCAUCACAUAUCGACCAUAUUUGAGUCAAAAGUUUGGGGAAAUAGCUUUCUGCGCAGUGACUGCGGAUGAGCAAGUGAAAGGAUAUGGUACCAGGUUGAUGAAUCACUUGAAACAGUAUGCACGAGACCAGGAUGGUCUUACGCAUUUCUUGACCUAUGCCGACAAUAAUGCCGUGGGUUACUUCAACAAGCAGGGGUUUACGAAGGAGAUUGAAAUGGAAAAAGAGAGGUGGCACGGAUAUAUUAAAGACUAUGAUGGGGGUACAUUGAUGGAGUGCAAGAUUGACCCUAAAUUUCCUUACACAGAUCUUCCUGCAAUGAUACGGAGGCAACGACAGGCACUGGAGGAAAGGAUCAGAGAACUUUCAAAUUGUCACGUCGUGUACCCAGGACUGGAGGUUCCUAAGAAAGAGGCAGGAAUACCGCGAAGACCUAUAAGGAUUGAGGACAUACCUGGUGUUAAAGAGUCGGCUUGGCCUCCAGAGGAGUGGACCAAGACUAAAAUCCGGCUGGCAAAUACAGACGCACCACCGACACGACAGGCCCUCAAUGUUUUCAUGCGUUAUCUACUGAAAAUGGUCAUUGAUCACCCAGAUGCUUGGCCGUUCAAAGAGCCAGUAGAUGCGCGUGAGGUGCCUGAUUAUUAUGAAGUCAUCAAAGAUCCUGUUGAUUUGAAGACAACGAAUAAGAGACUGGAAAGCGAGCAGUACUUUCUGACGCUGGACAUGUUUGCGGCGGAUAUGCGACGUAUGUUCGCUAAUGCACGUACCUACAACUCACCGGAUACAAUAUAUUACAAGGCUGCUAAUAGGUUGGAGACUUUCUUUAACAACAAGCUCCAACAAGGGUUGAAUGGAGGCGGAAGGCAGUAGGUCGUCGGACUUGUUAAAAGGACUUUGACCCAUGACAUCCCUCUCGACAUGUGCUGUAAAUAUGAAGAGGAUGUCAUUAGCGGGUCCACAUUUAGAUGAGGUUGCACCCAUCAAUUGCAUCUGUGCAACAAAGGAGUAUUUGUCCACAUUUUUGUCAGGUAGGGAAAAGUGUGUAGCGUACCUUAUUUGUAUCACGGAAUCUAAAAAAAAAGUAUGAUUGAGGCUUUUCCAAUCAUACUUAUAAAGUUUCUCCAAGUCUAUCAUUCAGAUAACGC